AUGACGGCGAUCGCCGCAGUCAGCUGCGCUUUCUUCUUUUCCCUUCUCUGUGAAACAAGUGCAUUCGUGGUACCCAAUUCCACCGACCUGCCCCUGGCAGAGAAGAAUUUCACUGAGGCGGAGGUGGCUUUGACAGCUCCCCUGGACUCUGCCAGCAUGCCCAGGGCCAGGCGGAAGCGCUACAUCUCGCAGAGCGACAUGAUUGCCAUCCUCGAUUACCACAACCAGGUCAGAGGCAAAGUCUUCCCACCUGCUUCCAACAUGGAAUACAUGGUUUGGGAUGAAACUCUGGCUAAAUCUGCAGAGGCUUGGGCUGCUACGUGCAUUUGGGACCAUGGACCUUCCUACUUACUGAGAUUCUUGGGGCAGAACCUGUCUGUAAGAACUGGAAGGUAUCGAUCUAUCCUCCAGCUGGUGAAGCCCUGGUAUGAUGAGGUGAAGGAUUAUGCUUUCCCCUACCCUCAGGACUGCAACCCCAGGUGCCCCAUGCGCUGUUACGGACCCAUGUGCACCCACUACACACAGAUGGUUUGGGCCACUUCCAAUCGUAUAGGCUGCGCCAUCCACACCUGCCACAACAUGAACGUCUGGGGAGCUGUUUGGAGACAAGCUGUCUACCUGGUAUGCAACUAUGCCCCCAAGGGGAACUGGAUUGGAGAAGCACCAUAUAAAGUAGGAGUGCCCUGCUCAGCUUGUCCUCCAAGCUAUGGAGGCUCUUGUACUGACAAUCUUUGUUUCCCAGGAGUGACAUCAAACUACUUGUACUGGUUUAAAUAA